AUGGACAAAGCAGAUGAUUCGUUUAAUGUUGGCAGCAUGAUGAAUGAAGUUGAUGCGGUCAUAGCUCAGAAUCUGAAGGAGCUUUCGCCUGAAGACCGUGAGAAAUCGUACUUUGCCAUUCAUGGCGUCCCUGGAGAAUUGAGAGAGACGCCACUGUUGGUUUCUCAGUCACUCGAAGUGAUGGAGCAAGAGAUUAAUCAAGAACCUAGAAAGGAUGCCUAUAAUCUGGCAAAAUCAAUGAAACCGGAAUAUGUGCAAGAUCCAGUUCUCAGGUUGAAAUUCCUGAGAGGUGAGCGCUUCAGUGCUCGGCCUGCAGCUCAGAAAUUGGUGAGACACUUUGAAUUGAAGCUGUAUUUGUUUGGCGCUUCCAAAUUGGUAAAGGAUAUUGAACAAGAUGAUUUGAGCAACGAAGAUAUGGUAGCUCUGUAUAGUGGUUACGUCCAAUGGUCACGAGUGAAGGACAGUUCAAAAAGAACUGUUUCCAUCAUGUUCCCGUUGAUAAGUUCUCAGCAAGUUCCAGUGAUGUCAAGGAUGAGAGUAUCGUUCUACCUUCGAAUGAUAGCAAUGGAAGACAUGGAUUUUCAGCAGCAUGGCACCGUCGCAAUAGUUUCAGCAGCCGAAGUUGGUGACAGCUUUGAUCUUGACUUUAAUGGAUGGCGAGAUGGUGCUCGACGAGUAGCGCAACUUACGGAGGCAUUACCAGGCUCUUCGAAUGGAGUUCACAUCUGUUUUCCACGAAAUGGAUCGUUUCGCAGUUACUUGUUUUCAUCACUUCUCAAUAUUGCCGUUUCAGUGUUGAGUCCUCUAUUAAAGGUUCGAGUACGGAUACAUAGAGGGGAGACAAUGGAAGAGUGUAUUGCAACUCUGAGGUCAUUUGGAAUAAAAACAGAUGAUAUUCCAAAGUCACCGCAAGACAAUGAGUAUCAGACAAAUCUCCUACUGAUUCGAAGAAAGUUGGAGCAAAGUCGGCGUCGUGAAAAUGGCAGUGUGGACAUUUCUUCGCCAGCGAACCUCGAUCUUUCUGAAGACUUGAGGGAAUGGGGUUCCGGUCCCAGCAGUUACGAUGUCAUUCUGGGACGAGGGCAACGAAGCACUUUCCACCCGGGCAAUGUGAGACUUCGGAAACUAGUUGAUGAAACCAAGAGCAUCUAUGACAAUAGCACAAAGAGUCAAAAGACUGAUAUUGCGGUCCGCCUAGUCCUCACCAUUAAAGAGCAAGGCCGAUUCAUCCAAGAGUCCGAGUUUGGUUGGGAGGAAGUGACAGACAAAGAUGCUCGCAAAAAAGUGAGUCAUCUAUUUCGAGACACUUCCAAGACGAAGUGGAAGAAACCUCCCACGGGAAGUCUGGUGUAG